AUGUCUACCAACCUUUCUUCCGAACAUGCAGAUCUGCAGCCUUCCGGGCCUCAGAGUACAGGGCACGGCAUCGACGAGUUCAAGCCGAGUGCGGCUCAGUUCGAAACCAUGGAGGAAGGUGACCCCCAGAAAUUCAAGCUUUCCAAGGCCGGUGGAGAUGUUGCCUUGGCACUCUUCGAUAAUGUGGGCGAUGCGCACGAACCCAUCGAUCCGGAGGAGGAGCGACGACUAGUCCGCAAGGUGGAUUGGAUGAUUCUUCCAUACAUCUCAGUUUGUUACGUCUUUUUCUAUAUCGACAAAACAACUCUUUCGUACGCUGCCAUCUUCGGUAUCCAGAGUGAUCUCAACCUCAAGGGCACCGAGUAUAGCUGGCUUUCAUCAAUCUUUUACUUUGGAUUUCUGGUAUGGGCUCUGCCUACCAACUUUAUGCUACAAAAGUUCCCCAUUGCAAAGUAUCUCGGUCUCAACAUCUUUGCCUGGGGUACGUUUCUCAUGCUCCAAGCUGCGGCACCCAGCUUUGGAGCUUUAGCCGCACUCCGGGCCAUUAGCGGAGCAGCAGAAGCAUGUGCCGACCCUGCCUUUAUGAUCAUCACCAGGUCUGUCAAGACGCUGACGAUUUUCAGCAUGUGGUACACCCGCCGGGAGCAACCCAUUAAAAUCGGCCUGUGGUACACUGCCAACGGCAUCGGCAUCGCCCUAGGCGGCCUCCUAGGCUACGGCAUCGGCAACAUCAAAGGCGCGCUGGCGUCAUGGAAAUACGAGUUCAUCAUUGUCGGCACCCUGUGCUGCGUGUGGGGCAUUAUCAUUGCCAUUUUUCUGCCGGAUAAUCCGAUCACAAGCAACAAGCUUACGAACCGUGAGAAGAAGAUUGUCGUCGAGCGGCUUCGCGAGAAUCAGACCGGCGUGGAAAACAAGACGCUGAAGCUCUAUCAGGUGCGCGAGGCGUUUACGGACUAUAAGUUGUACUUUUUCUUCAUGAUUGCGUUGUUGCAGGCGAUUGUGAAUGGGGGAACGUCUAAUUUUGGGACUUUGAUCAUCAAGGGCUUCAAGUUUUCGACGUCAUGCGUCUUCAUCAACGACAGGCUGCCGCCGAACAACCGCUGCUUCGUGCUGGUGCUCUUCUUAUUACCCAACGUAGCCGGGGCUUUUGGUCUCCGCUUUGUGCCUAAUGACCAACAGGUCGGCAGGCUGAUCUGCUACUACUUGACUGGUUCUAUCAAUGCCUCCUUCGUGCUACUCCUCUCACUUCAAACCGCCAACAUCGCCGGACACACCAAAAAGGUCGUCACCUCGGCGUGCCUGUUUCUAGGAUACUGCGUCGGUAAUAUUGCGGGCCCCUUCUUCUACAAGUCAGACCAGGCGCCAAAGUACGAGUUGGGUAUUUGGAGUAUGAUUGUUGCUCACUUGCUCGAGGUUGUGGUUGUGAUUGCCCUACGUUUUUUGCUCAAGUGGGAGAAUGAUAGACGGGACAGAAUGCAGGGGGAAGUUGCUGAGGUUGAUCUUGAUGCAACGGCGUUUGGGGAUUUGACGGAUCGUGAGAACUUGAACUUUCGGUACAUUUACUGA